UGCAUCUGAAACUUACCUGAGGAGUUGCUCUACUAGGCAGGCUUAUAUUUAAUACAGGCUUGUCUGUCCUGCCCAUUCAUGUUGAAUCGGGUCAGUUGUUGAAUUCCCCCUUUCUUUGAACUUAUUCCCACAGCCCAUUAAAGCAAUGGCUUCUCACAUUGUUGGUUAUCCCCGCAUGGGACCCAAGAGAGAACUUAAGUUUGCCUUGGAAUCAUUUUGGGAUGGAAAGAGCAGUGCUGAGGAACUGCAGAAAGUUGCUGCAGACCUUAGGGUAGCCAUCUGGAAGCAGAUGGCUGAUGCUGGAAUCAAAUAUAUUCCAAGCAACACUUUCUCAUACUAUGAUCAAGUAUUGGACACCACUGCCAUGCUUGGGGCUGUUCCCCCUAGAUAUAAUUGGAAUGGUGGUGAGAUUGGUUUUGAUAUCUACUUCUCUAUGGCACGAGGGAAUGCCAUUGUACCUGCUAUGGAAAUGACCAAGUGGUUUGACACCAACUACCACUACAUUGUCCCUGAAUUGGGUCCAGAUGUUACAUUCUCCUAUGCUUCCCACAAGGCAGUGAACGAGUACAAAGAGGCGAAAGCUCUAGGUAUUGAUACCAUACCAGUGCUUGUUGGACCAGUGUCCUUCCUGUUGCUGUCAAAACCAGCGAAGGGUGUUGAUAGAUCAUUUUCUCUUCUUUCCCUUAUCAACAAGAUCAUUCCAGUCUACAAGGAGGUUGUGGCUGAACUGAAGGCAGCUGGUGCUACUUGGGUCCAGUUUGAUGAACCCACCCUUGUGAAGGAUCUUGAUGCUCACCAGCUACAAGCAUUUACUCAUGCCUAUGCAGAGUUGGAAUCAUGUUUAUCUGGUCUAAACGUCCUGAUAGAAACAUACUUUGCUGAUCUCACUGCUGAGGCAUACAAAACGCUUACCUCUUUGAAGGGUGUUACUGCAUAUGGGUUUGACCUUGUUCGUGGAGCAAAGACCCUCAAUUUGAUCAAGGAAGGAUUUCCAGCUGGAAAAUUUCUUUUUGCUGGUGUAGUUGACGGAAGGAAUAUAUGGGCCAAUAACCUUGCAUCUUCUCUGAGUGCCUUGCAAACUAUUGAGGGCAUUGUUGGAAAGGACUGUGUAGUGGUCUCUACGUCUUGUUCUCUUCUUCACACUGCGGUUGAUCUGGUGAAUGAAACGAAGUUGGACCAAGAGAUCAAGUCUUGGCUUGCAUUUGCAGCACAAAAAGUUGUUGAAGUCAAUGCCUUGGCCAAGGCGGUGUCUGGACAAAAGGAUGAGGCUUUCUUCUCAGCUAAUGCUGCUGCUUUGGCUUCAAGGAAGUCCUCCCCAAGGGUGACAAAUGAGGCUGUCCAAAAGGCUGCUGCUGCUUUGAAGGGUUCUGAUCACCGGAGGGCCACAAAUGUGAGUGCAAGGUUGGAUGCUCAACAGAAGAAACUGAAUCUUCCUAUUCUUCCGACUACCACUAUUGGUUCUUUCCCUCAGCAUGCAGAUCUUAGAAGGAUCCGCCGCGAGUUUAAGGCCAACAAAAUAUCUGAGGAAGAAUAUGUCAAUUUUAUUAAGGAGGAAAUCAACAAAGUCGUCAAGCUGCAAGAAGAACUGGAUAUUGAUGUCUUGGUGCAUGGAGAGCCCGAGAGGAAUGAUAUGGUUGAGUACUUUGGAGAACAAUUAUCUGGUUUUGCUUUCACUGCCAAUGGUUGGGUACAAUCCUAUGGAUCUCGCUGUGUCAAGCCACCCAUCAUUUAUGGUGAUGUGAGCCGUCCCAAGCCUAUGACUGUCUUCUGGUCUUCAAUGGCUCAAAGUAUGACUAAACGGCCUAUGAAGGGAAUGCUUACAGGCCCCGUUACAAUUCUGAACUGGUCUUUUGUAAGAGAUGACCAACCCAGACACGAGACCUGCUACCAAAUUGCUUUGGCUAUGAAGGAUGAGGUUGAGGACCUUGAGAAAGCUGGUAUUACUAUCAUCCAGAUUGAUGAGGCUGCUCUGAGAGAAGGCUUGCCUCUAAGGAAGUCUGAGGAGGCAUUCUAUCUGAACUGGGCUGUUCACUCAUUUAGGAUUACAAACGUUGGUGUUAAGGACACUACCCAGAUACACACUCACAUGUGCUACUCAAACUUCAAUGACAUCAUCCACUCUAUCAUAGAUAUGGAUGCUGAUGUGAUCACCAUUGAGAACUCCAGAUCAGAUGAAAAACUACUCUCUGUGUUCCGAGAAGGAGUUAAAUAUGGUGCCGGUAUUGGUCCUGGAGUUUAUGAUAUCCAUUCUCCAAGGAUCCCGCCCACAGAGGAGAUUGCUGACCGAAUCACUAAGAUGCUUGCCGUUCUUGAGAGCCACGUUCUGUGGGUCAACCCAGAUUGUGGCCUCAAGACACGCAAAUAUGCUGAGGUUAAGGCUGCUCUCACUAAUAUGGUUACUGCUGCCAAACAAAUUCGCUCCCAGUUAGCCAGGUCCACCUGAGUAGUGAAUGAGCAGGGAGGGUCGUUAUUCCGAUAUCUUGUGCUUGAGUUGAGUAACAGAAGUAUUCCAAUAUACUGUCUAAUUUCGAAUAAAGUGUAGUGUAAGGUUUUGCUGUUUCCUCUUGCCUUUUUCCUUCCCUGCUUCUCCUUUUUUGGGCAUGUAGAGUCUGAUAUUUUGUGCUUGAGUUGGGAAACAGUUGUACACCAUCUAAUUUCAAAUAACGUGCAAGGUUAUGUUCUUUGCACUUUCCCUUUUA